AUGUAUAAACUACCUCUUGAAAUUAUUCAAUUAAUAUUAUAUUCAUUAAUUAUUACAACUUCUAUUAUUUUUUUAAAUAUAAUUCAUCCAUUAGCUAUAGGUUUAACUUUAUUGAUUCAGACAAUUUUUGUAUGUUUAAUCUCUGGAUUAAUAACUAAAAGUUUUUGAUACUCUUAUAUUUUAUUUUUAAUUUUUUUAGGAGGAAUACUUGUAUUAUUUAUUUAUGUUACAUCUUUAGCUUCAAAUGAAAUAUUUAAUUUAUCAAUUAAACUUUUUUUAUUUUCUAUUUCAUUUUUAUUUAUUUUAUUUACUUUAUCUUUAUUAAUUGAUAAAAGUUCUAUUUCAUUAUUUUUAAUAAACAAUGAAAUAGAAUCAAUUAUCGAAAAAAAUUCUUAUUUUUUAGAAAAUUCUUUAUCUUUAAAUAAAUUAUACAAUUUCCCAACAAAUUUUAUUACAAUUUUAUUAAUAAAUUAUUUAUUAAUUACAUUAAUUGUAGUAGUAAAAAUUACUAAAUUAUUUAAAGGUCCUAUUCGAAUAAUAUCAUAAUUAAUGAACAAACCUUUACGAACUUCACACCCCUUAUUUAAAAUUGCUAAUAAUGCUUUAGUAGAUUUACCAGCUCCAAUUAAUAUUUCAAGAUGAUGAAAUUUUGGAUCAUUACUUGGAUUGUGUUUAAUUAUCCAAAUUUUAACUGGAUUAUUUUUAGCCAUACAUUAUACAGCUGAUGUAAAUUUAGCUUUUUACAGAGUUAAUCAUAUUUGUCGUAAUGUAAACUAUGGUUGAUUAUUACGAACUUUACAUGCUAAUGGUGCAUCAUUUUUUUUUAUUUGUAUUUAUUUACAUGUAGGACGAGGAAUUUAUUACGGAUCAUAUUUAUUUACACCAACAUGAUUAAUUGGAGUAAUUAUUUUAUUUUUAGUUAUAGGAACAGCUUUUAUAGGAUAUGUUUUACCAUGAGGUCAAAUAUCAUUUUGAGGAGCUACAGUAAUUACAAAUUUAUUAUCAGCAAUUCCUUAUUUAGGUAUAGAUUUAGUACAAUGAUUGUGAGGAGGAUUCGCAGUUGAUAAUGCUACUUUAACUCGAUUUUUCACUUUUCAUUUUAUUUUACCUUUUAUUGUUCUUGCAAUAACAAUAAUUCAUUUAUUAUUUUUACAUCAAACAGGAUCAAAUAACCCUAUUGGAUUAAAUUCUAAUAUUGAUAAAAUUCCAUUUCAUCCUUAUUUUACAUUUAAGGAUAUUGUAGGAUUUAUUGUAAUAAUUUUUAUUUUAAUUGCUUUAGUAUUAAUCAGUCCAAACUUACUAGGAGACCCUGAUAAUUUUAUUCCAGCUAACCCAUUAGUUACACCAGCCCAUAUUCAACCUGAAUGAUAUUUUUUAUUCGCUUAUGCAAUUUUACGAUCUAUUCCUAAUAAAUUAGGAGGAGUAAUUGCAUUGGUUUUAUCAAUUGCUAUUUUAAUAAUUCUACCAUUUUAUAAUUUAAGAAAAUUCCGAGGAAUUCAAUUUUACCCAAUUAAUCAAAUUUUAUUUUGAUUUAUAUUAGUAACAGUAAUUUUAUUAACAUGAAUUGGAGCACGACCAGUUGAAGAACCCUAUGUUUUAAUUGGACAAAUUUUAACAGUAAUUUAUUUCUUAUAUUAUUUAAUUAACCCAUUAGUUAGAAAAUGAUGAGAUAAUUUAUUAAAUUAAAUAAACUA